UGAGGAAAGCUUGCCCUCCAACCCGGAAGUGUAUAAAACCUGACUCGGGCACAUGGAAGGAUGCACAGAACAUCCACAUGUAUGGGCUGAGUAAGCAGUUCAGCUAAGCAUCACCACUGGACUUAACAACGCUACCCUGUAAUGAAGAGAACUUCUUGUAACAUUGCAGUUAUUCCUCUGGGACAUAUGUUCUCUUGAAGUAUGUCAACAAUUACUCUUAACUUAAAUUUCGAUGACCCAAGCCAUAAUGACGGCCAAAAAAAAGCUAGACACAAACAAUUUGUUAUAAAGAGGGGCUUCCUGGAGCGUAGGGGUUUUCUAAACAAAAAGCAAAACAAAAGUAAAAAUGGAAGUUGCAAAAAGAAUAAAUUGCAUUGGAACAGAAAUGACCAUUCACAAGACAGAGCUGUUUUACCCAAAUUUACAACUCAACAGCCCGAACUGUCCACAAAUCCCUCCAAUUCCACGCAAGCCCACCAUGGAAACUCUGUGACCAUCAAAAAAUUCAUGGUGUCUUCAAAGGCAACACCUCAAACAGGAUCCACUUCAAUACUGCACAACCCAAUGAAAUAUGUAGCCCUUGACUGUGAGAUGGUAGGGACCGGGCCCAAAGGUCGUUGUAGUGAGCUGGCCCGCUGCAGCAUAGUUUCCUAUGAUGGGGAUGUAAUUUAUGACAAGUUCAUCAAGCCUGUUAAUCCAGUCACAGAUUUCCGCACUCGCUGGAGUGGAGUGCGUUGGCAAGAUCUCCGUAAUGCCACACCCUUCAACAAAGCCCAGGGAGAGAUUUUAAAGAUCCUCACAGGGAAAGUGGUUGUGGGUCAUGCUGUCCAGAAUGAUUUUAAGGCUUUGCAUUAUUUCCAUCCUGUCCACCUCAUACGAGAUACUUCACGCAUUCCCAUACUGAAUCAGAAAGCUGGUCUGCCAGAGCACCAAGCUGCCUCUCUGAAGACCCUCACAAAGGUUCUAUUAAAGAAGGAUAUACAGAUGGGAAACAAGGGCCACUCUUCAGUAGAAGAUGCAAAAGCCACCAUGGAGCUAUAUAAAAUUGUAGCAGUGAAAUGGGAGAGGACUUUGGCUUCAAAAACUGCUUCCUAGAGAAGAAACUGCUGGAUGAUGCCAAGUUUUUAACUUAAAGCUCAGAAGUUUAAAAUGAGAUUUUAGAAUUUAAACUUUUAGUUAGUUUUAAUUAACAAAAAACCUCUACAACCAAUUUUAAAUAUUUUAUGCUAUUUAUACAGUUUGAAAUAAUUCUUGUUUAUAAGGCAUUCUUGUUAAUCCACAUGUGCAGCUUAUUUAAAAAAAAAAAACAAUAACUGCACCACAAGUCAGUGGUUAGUAAAGAUUUGUUGAGUUCAACCCUGAUUUCAGUUGUCUUUCUAGAUGUAAGAUUUGCUUAAUCUAGUGGUGGCAAAUCAAUUUCUGUGUACCUACAGUUUGUGUCUAAGGGGUGGGGAUGUGGAAGCAGGUUGGUGGCACAUCUGGAGGGUGUGGUGGUGUGGAACCAGGACAGCAGCAUGUCUAAGAACAUCUGGGUGGGUUAGCCUCCACACCCUGUCUACCUCUCUCUCUCUCUCUCUCUUUUUUUUUUUUAAAGACUGUGGCUUGCAUUUUUUGGCUCUUGUAAAUUCUGUAAAAGAGGAACAAACUACGUCCAAAGCUGGCUUCAUCACCAAUUCUUCAAUGGAUAAUCACUGAAGCCCUUCUGUUCUUAAAUCCUACUUAUAUAUCGCUUACUCAUUCAUUCCAUACCAUAUAUCACUGACUUUUUUUGUCUUUUUAAUAUUUGAGUAAUAGUCAGCUUGUAUAGUAUGUGGUUGCUAAACAGUUCUUCACAGUUGGCAAAUAGGGUUCUGAGUCAGCUACUGGCCAUCUAUUUUCACUGGGUGGUCAAAAAGAAAAGGCUGUUCAGCAUUUUUUUUUCAACACACAUUACACCAAAUUGUAAGUUCUACUUGCCAAACUGUGACAAGAGAGAACAACUGGAUCAUAUAUUUAAUAUCAUUGAGUUUGUGUAAAGAUUGUCUCAUAUUUCCUUUAGAAGAAUCAAAUUAUUUUGGCUGGGAAACUUUAGUCUUGCUGGAAGGUGAUGGCAGACACAACUGUAGAUGUGGUAUGCUAAAGCUAGGCUCUUUUGAUACAAGUUCAUACUUUCCGAGUAAUGGUUUGGAAACAGUGGGUGCUGAUGGAAAGGUUACCAGUUAGACAUAUCUAUUUUUAACCCUGCACCAAUUUGAAUGUUGUAUAGAUGUGUUGAUUUGGUAACUCUGAAAUAAAGAAAAUGUUACCUAAUUAA